UAUAUAUAUUAUUAGACAAAGAGGGCAAAAGGGUGCUGAGAUUGAAGGGAAUGCGUGAGGCGGAGAGAGAGAGAGAUAGCAAACCCUAGAUAAGUUUUGACUGAACAGAGGUGGAUUUGUAAUCUUUGGAUUUGAUCUGUAGAUCCUGAGUUCGAAUCAUCAUUACAGAAGAAAGAAGACAGAAGAUUACAGGUUGAACUCAAUUUCAGUUAAUUUGUGCAAUAAACAGUUGUAAAAAAAGAUGAUGUCCAGGUCUUAUACCAAUUUACUAGAUCUAGCAUCUGGGAAUUUUCCUGCUGUAAUGGGGAAAGAGAAGAAGAGAUUGCCAAGGGUGAUGACAGUUCCAGGGGUUAUAUCAGAACUUGAUGAAGAUCAGGCAAACAGUGUUACAUCAGAUGUGCCAUCUUCAAUAUCUAUGGACAGAGUUAUUAUUGUAGCUAAUCAGCUUCCUAUUAAAGCUAAACGAAGGCCAGAUAAUAAAGGAUGGAGUUUUAGUUGGGAUGAUGAUUCUUUGUUAUUGCACAUUAAAGAUGGUUUGCCAGAUGACAUGGAGGUUAUUUAUGUUGGUUCUUUACGAGUUGAUGUUGAUUCCAAUGAUCAAGAUGAUGUUUCUCAGCUACUGUUGGAAAGAUUCAAAUGUGUUCCUGCAUUUUUACCAGCUGAUAUUUUAGCUAAAUUUUAUCAUGGUUUCUGCAAGCAGCAUCUAUGGUCACUUUUUCAUUACAUGCUUCCUUUCUCAGCCAGUCAUGGUGGUCGAUUUGACCGGUCUAUGUGGGAGGCAUAUGUAGCAGCUAACAAGAUAUUUUCACAAAAGGUGAUCGAGGUUAUAAAUCCAGAGGACGAUUUCGUCUGGAUUCAUGAUUAUCACCUGAUGGUUUUACCUACAUUCUUAAGGAGACGUUUCAAUCGUCUGAGAAUGGGUUUCUUUCUCCACAGUCCGUUUCCUUCAUCGGAGAUAUACAGAACUCUUCCGGUGAGGGAGGAGAUUCUCAAGGCACUACUGAAUUCAGAUCUUAUUGGGUUUCAUACUUUCGACUAUGCUCGACAUUUCCUUUCCUGUUGCCAAAGGAUGCUCGGUUUGGAAUACCAGUCGAAGAGGGGUUAUAUUGGGUUGGAAUACUACGGAAGGACAGUUGGAAUAAAGAUUAUGCCGGUUGGGAUUCAUAUGGGGCAGAUUGAGUCUGUCUUGCAGCUGGCUGAUAAGGAGUGGAGAGUUGGAGAACUUAAGAGGCAAUUCGAAGGGAAGACGGUUUUGCUCGGGGUUGAUGAUAUGGAUAUCUUUAAAGGUGUCAAUCUAAAACUCUUAGCAAUGGAACAUAUGCUAAAGCUUCAUCCGAAAUGGCAAGGGCGGGCUGUUCUUGUACAAAUUGCUAAUCCGGCUAGGGGAAGUGGAAGAGAUCUUGAGGAGAUACAAGCCGAAAUACAAUCUAGCUGCAAGAGAAUAAAUGAGAGCUUCGGAAGGCCUGGUUACGAACCGAUUGUCUUCAUUGACACGCCAAUAUCUCCGAGUGAACGAGCCGCGUAUUUCACCAUCGCGGAGUGUGUGGUGGUGACAGCUGUGAGGGAUGGAAUGAAUCUAACUCCGUAUGAAUAUGUUGUUUGUCGUCAGGGUUCGCCUGCAACUAAUUCUAAUACGGAGUCAAACGGUGUGAAAAGGAGCAUGUUGGUUGUUUCGGAGUUCAUAGGAUGUUCUCCUUCGCUUAGCGGUGCUAUAAGGGUUAACCCGUGGAAUAUUGAAGCGACAGCCGAAGCGAUGAACGAGGCUAUUUCGAUGGCGGAUGGUGAGAAGGAGUUGAGACAUGAGAAACAUUAUAAGUAUGUUAGUACCCACGACGUGGCUUAUUGGUCGAGAAGUUUCUUUCAAGAUUUGGAAAGGACUUGUAAAGAUCAUUUUAGGAGAAGGUGUUGGGGUAUCGGUUUGAGCUUUGGGUUUAGGGUUGUUGCGCUUGAUCCUAAUUUUAAGAAGUUGUCUAUUGACGCCAUAGUUUCGGCUUAUUCAAGAGCCAAAAACAGGGCGAUAUUGAUGGACUACGAUGGUACUGUGAUGCCACAAACGUCUAUUAACAAGGCUCCUAGUCAGGAGGUUAUGUCGAUUAUAUCCAUGCUUUGCGGUGAUGUUAAGAAUGUUGUUUUUAUUGUGAGUGGACGAGGAAGGGAUAGUUUGGGCAAAUGGUUUUCUCCUUGCAAGAAGAUUGGAAUUGCUGCUGAGCAUGGCUAUUUCAUGAGGUGGUCGAGUGAUAAGGAAUGGGAAACAUGCGGACAAACCCAUGAUUUCGGUUGGAUGCAGAUAGCGGAGCCAGUAAUGAAAUUAUAUACUGAUGCUACGGAUGGUUCUUCCAUUGAAACAAAGGAGAGUGCCUUAGUUUGGCACCACAGAGAUGCAGAUCCUGGAUUUGGUUCAAGCCAGGCAAAGGAGAUGUUAGAUCAUCUUGAAAGUGUGCUAGCAAAUGAACCCGUUUCAGUUAAAACUGGGCAAUUUAUCGUUGAAGUGAAACCUCAGGGUGUAAGUAAAGGCACGGUUUCAGAGAAGAUAUUUUCAUCAAUGGCUAAUAAUGGAAGACAGGCAGAUUUUGUACUGUGCAUUGGGGAUGACAGAUCAGAUGAGGACAUGUUUGGAAUAAUUGGCGAUGCAAUGAACAGCGGUGUCCUAUCUUCAAAAGCUUCGGUAUUUGCUUGUACGGUUGGUCAAAAACCAAGUAAAGCAAAAUACUAUCUGGAUGACCCAACAGAGGUUAUCACCAUGCUCGAUUCUCUUGCUGAAAUAUCCGAUCUACCACCUAUAAACGAAGUUGAAUCUCCUUCAAGCUCCUCUUGAAAGUAAGUUCUCUCCAUUCUCUUUGGCGAUGGCCUGGCCUAGAAUUCUGAAACCGAGAGUCGGUUAUUAUUUGGGAAGACAGACAAACAUCAAAAGACCCUUUUCAGUGUAUCGAAUUGUGCAAAUAAUUUCAUAUGCUGAUUGAUGAAUAUUCGAGCUCAGGUCACUUUGCAUGCUGAUUAGGAAAGUGGUGGAAGAGAAUAUGAUGAAAAGGUGCACAUAGAUUAACAGUGAACAGGGUGCCAUUCUGACUUUUAAUUUUAUUUUUGAAGUGUUUGGUGGGUUGGUUGGUUAUGAAGUAGUCUGCUUUGGACAUUCUUUUCUCGAUAUUCUAAGUGAAGGUUUUUUAUUUUGUCUGUUUUCCCCCACAUUAUUUGGUUGUUGAAACAUGUAAAGGUUUAUUAUUAUAUAGGAAAGGAAAGCAAUUUCAAACA